UGAUUGUCGUUAUCAGCCGCAAACACAGAAGCAAGUGCAGGUGUCAGCGGCGACUUUCCAGAAUAGAGAAAGUCACAGCUGGUUACGGUUACGUUUACGGCAAAGAGAGCGAGUCCAAAGGUGUCGUCAAAAUAAAAUGACGUUCCUCGAAUUUUUGCUUCUGCUUCUCGUGCUCUACUAUGUAGUCUAUGUGGUGCUCUGGAUUGUGCUUGACUGCAAUGUUGCCCUGUGGUAUAAAUCUCGUUUCGGUGUCUCGCUCUCCACAAUGCGUGGGCAGGUGGUCUGGAUAACCGGUGCCUCCAGCGGCAUUGGACGUGCUUUGGCCGUAAGCCUGGCCCGCCACGGUGUUCGACUUGUGCUCAGUGCUCGACGUCAGGAGCAAUUGGAGCAAGUGCAAGCCGAAUGCCUGCAAGUGGCACGCGGUCUGCUGGCGCAGAAGGAUGUGCUCAUCCUGCCCUUGGAUAUGCUGCAGCUAGACAAGCAUCAGACAGCUCUCUACACGGUACUCAAUCAUUUCGAGCGUCUGGAUGUGCUGGUCAACAAUGCGGGACGCUCGCAACGCGCCAACUGGACCGACAUUGAGAUUCAGGUGGAUCGUGAACUCUUUGAGCUGGAUGUCUUUGCUGUGGUCCAUCUCUCUCGGUUAGUGGUGCGCUACUUCCUCGAGCAGAAUGGCGGACGUGGUCACAUUGCGGCCACCUCAAGCAUUGCUGGCUUCAGUCCAGUGCCCUUCUCGGCCACUUAUUGUGCUGCCAAGCAUGCGCUGAAUGCUUAUCUGAUGGCUUUGAAGACUGAGCUGCGUAAAUUGGAUGUGACAAUUUUUGCACCGGGUCCCAUAGCCACCGAUUUCCUGCUGGAGGCAUUUACGGGCUCACAGGGCGGCAAAGUGGGUCAGAGCACCGCCAACCAGAAGCGUCUGACGGCCGAGCGUUGUGGAGAACUCUUUGCGGUGGCGCUGGCCAACAAAAUGGAUCUCACAUGGUGUGGACUGUUCCCCGUCAAUCUGAUGGCGUAUUGCGCACGCAAUGCGACGCUCACCAAGAUCUUGGGUCAGUUUAUGACGGAGAAGACGCUUAACAAGAUACGCGAGGGCAAACUCUAA